UGUAUACAAGAUGGCCGCGCCCGGUUGUCCUACAGUGACGAAGAUCGGCAUGCAGUGUCCGAGAUUGCCCUGGGGACGCGGAUAAACGUUUGUCGUCCGACGGUCUCCAACCUCCCUCACCGCCAGCAUACACCCACCAUUAAUUUUCCUACGUGUUGUAUAUACUUCGCCUGGUGCGAUAAAGGCCUCGGGUGUCGUGUCAGUGUCUUCGAAAAUCCCCCCUCGGCCAAUCUCUUCCGCGAAAUAAUAAACAAAAAUAAUCCCCCCCCUCGCUCCCCUUUCCCUAAAGUGUUUUACCGCGGGUGUGUAAAAUUCUCCGUUAAUAACAAUUCCCGAGUAAACGAGUAAAAUGUGAUGAUUGCGAGACAACGAGGGGGGCCCUCGGCAAGAGGCCGUCGUGAGUCGUGCCCAGGGUUGGCAAAAGACCCGAGAGAGAUAGAGUAAUUGAGACCGGAGAGUGGUGGAGGCAGGAGUGUGCGGCGGGUGGAGUGAAUUACUCGGGUACCUCAACCACGAGGAAGACAAGCUGAGUUGGACGGGAGUGUUCGCCAGGCUCACGUCAUCGUCGAGACCUCAAUUCAUAUCACGACGAGUAAUUGAUUGAUCCGUGUGUGAGGAAAGUUUUCUCGUGGGGGAAAAAUUAAUGCGAGCAUAAGAGAAAAAAAAACAAAAGAAAUUCAGUGAAUUGGAAAACAAUUACAAACAAAUAAGUGAAUAAUACGAAGAUGGAGUCGAGGGAACGUUACGACGAAUUGUGCAGGCUGUGUGCCUCUUACGACGCUGUUAAAAUGGAUAUAUUCGGACAGGAGGGCAAGAAUCGUCAGCUAGUCGACAAGAUUCAAACGUGUCUUCCCUUCAAGAUCGCUGAGGACGAUCGGCUUCCAAAGUGCUUGUGCUACAGGUGUAUGUACAAUCUGGAGAAUUUCUACGACUUUAGAACAGCCUGUGUUAAUGCCGUUGCUGUUCUGGAGAGGUCUCUACCACCAAGUGAAUCUAAAAAUGGAGAGGCGGAAAAGGACACAGAGAAGCACUCGGAAUUGCGUUCCGAGUUACUCAAAGAGAAGGAGAAAAUGCCAAUUUUGAUCCCAGAGGCGCCAAUAGUGAAUCCAAAUGCAGCCCUGGGUACUCCACCUCGAUUGAACUCAGAUGGUGAGGCAGAUCCCGAGAUUGAAGAAGUGAUGGACCAAAGUGGAACAGACGAAGGAAUGGACGAUGCAGAGGAUCGAAAAUCCGACGAGUACGAGAUGGACAUGGAGACAAAUCCCAGUGAUUUUCUGGAAAUGCCCCCAAUGGUCACUGAUGAAGCGGAAGAUUCUCACAAUCAGCACGUAUCAACUCCAGCUCCCUUCCAACACACCUCAGAGCAGCACGAGGUGUACGUAUGCUCCCUAUGUAACAAGGCAUUCAGCUCCAAGGGACACUUGUCCCUCCACGCUCGAAUUCACGUGGGUGCUGGCGACGUAAUUGGCGAGAAAGUCAUAACUGACGAUCACACAUCAUACAAACGUCCAUACCAAUGUGAUUUGUGCAACAAAUCUUACUCAACAGCCAAACACAGGUGGGGACACGUGUCGACGACUCAUCGAGGUCAUCCAGCAGUGACAUGCAGGUACUGUUCACGAAUAUAUUCAACGAGAACAAAUCUCGAGGAGCAUAUUAAAUCGAGACACACUGGUCUACCACCACCACCAGAGAUGCCUGUACCCUAUGUCCAACAGGACACGAGAUAUCAAUGUAAAACGUGUCCAAAAAUGUACACAAAUAUCACGGAUUUGAAUAAGCACAGUAGAAUGUGCCUGGGCGAUCGUCAGAGUGAUAUUAGUCGAGUACCUGUUCAGCCCAAAGGCAGAUGUCUGAUGGACACAUCGGACAUGUCGAGUAUAGAGUCAGACGAGGAGAAUAGAGAGUACAGAAAUGCCGAAGCGAAGCUAUCAAAAAAUCCCCAACUGACAAUUCUAAAGCAAGCUUUGACCCGAACAGAGGGACUCAAACGUGACGAAAAAACGUCUCCCUACAAAUCCCUGAAAUCAACAAAAAAUGGCGGCGAACAGGAGACGAAGAAGUGGUACUGUGAAUUUUGUCCCCAAAAUUUUACGUCAGUCGAUGCACUUAAAGAUCACGAGACAACUCAUGACUCUGAUAAACCCUACAUAUGUAUUUUGUGUGAAAAAGAUUUUGUCUUAAAGUCGUCUCUCAGUCGUCACAUUGUUGCAUCUCAUGGUGUUGAUCCAGUGCCAAUAAUCGACAGUGAUACAUGUCUCAAGAAGAAUGUAUUGGCUAAAUCAAGAAUUGAUGAGUUGAAACGUGAGCCACCAGCAUCACCAUUCUCACCAGAGACUAGGUUAGGCAAUGAGGAGGACGAUCCCGAGAGUAGAGACGAUAAUAUGAUUGAAAUUGAGACUGUAUUUGUGUGUGAAAUAUGCACCAGGGACUUUAAUGAUCGUGCAUCACUCUGGCUACACAUUCGAGCAACUCACAAAGAAUUUGCUGGCUUCGCAUGUGGCGUUUGUUUGAAAAUAUGCUCGGACAAUGAACAACUGUUGAGUCAUGUGAACAUGUAUCACGGUGGCUCUAAACUCCUGGUGUCCGAGCAGAGGAGAUACAGCUGUACGAUAUGUGGACGUCAGCAUGACUCGAGAAAGAAGCUCAUGACACACGUGUCAAUUCACAAUAUCGAUCCGUCUUAUGAUCCAGCGAGCUUUGUUCAACUCAACAGCAAUUACUACAACGAGAAUUUGAAUAACGAUCAAGAGGACUUUGAUGCUGAGGAUGGUGAGAAGGUAAACUGUUACGUCUGCAGAAAAUCAUUCCCCAAUGAGGAUCACUUGAUACGCCAUCAGAGGAACGCCCACAAGAAUGAUCAAGGUGGUGAGCCUUCGACAAACGGAGGAUUGAAUUCUAACGGUAAUAAGGCACAGUAUCACCUGUUCUUCGUGUGCGAGCUCUGCAACAGCUCUCAUCCAUCCAAAUGGGAGCGAUGGCUCCAUGUCAGCAGUGUACAUGGUGAGGAGAACUCCAUAAGGUGUGAGAGGGCAGACUGCGCCAAGAUAUUUGCCACAAAAUCACUGAAGAAUGAGCAUCUCCAGCACCACUUGCUCCAGGGCGCGUCCCCCAAUACCUGUGAAAUAUGUGGAAAACUUUGGGGAAGCAGAGUGGACUACUGGAAGCACGUGAUGGGAGUCCAUGCUGACACGGUUCCCCUCAUCUGUGGUGUUUGUCUGAAAGUAUUUCCAGAUGUCGUUCAACUGAGCAGCCACGUCAAGGCAAAUCAUUGGCCACUGACAAACGGCGACUUCAGUUGUGAUAUCUGUGGACGUCCUUACUCCAACAAAUCGAAAAUGUCGAGGCACAGGAAGAUCCAUGGAAUUGAUAACGAUGGAAUGAACAAUGGCAUCAACGAGUCAAUGAAUGACACUAUUAAUUCUGAGCACAGCCCACCUGAGAUCGAUCUCAGCUGUGAAAUGUGCGCUGACUUGAGCUUUUCAUCGUGGGAAGAUCUGUGCAAUCAUCGAAGAUUGAUUCAUGCAUUAUUCCCAUGUGAUUUAUGUAACAAGUGUUAUGGGAGGACAUCACACCUAUGGAAACAUGUGAAUCGGGUUCACAAGGGGCAUAAGGAUGUCACGUGUCCGUACUGCAUGAAAACAAGUGCUUCCAAGGAUCAUUUAGCAGCGCAUAUUGCUAAGAUCCAUCGUUACGAGCCUGAGACUAAAGAGAGCAAGGACACGGGGAGUUAUCCGUCACCAAGUGCUGAGGAGGAUAUUAUUCAUCAUUGUGAGAAAUGCAACAAAGGCUUCCACAAGAGGUAUUUACUCAGACGUCAUAUGAAGGGCUGUCAGAAUUAUCGUAAGGAUCCUGGGGCAUUGUUAACACGAUGCAGAGCCUGCGAGAGAAUAUUCAAGGAUCGUGCAAGCUUGCAAAAACAUAUCGAAAAUCAUCACAGUAGUUAUACUUGCCACUUGUGCGACGAAACAAUCACAUCGAAAUUGGGAAUCAUGACUCACAAUAGGAUUAAUCACAUGAAUCAUCCGGAUUUAACUUGUAGCAGUUGUAAGAAGCUUUUUAGAACUCGAGAGGAUCUCGAGUCACACAAGAAGGACCACAAAUAUCACAAUUCACCGAAUGUCUGUGACUUCUGCGGUGAUACUGUUGAGAAUAAAUUGAAAUUGAAAAUGCACAUUCUAUCGCUUCAUAGAAAUGAAAUUGGAGUUUCUUGCGGAGUGUGUCUGAUUCCUAUGAAGGAUCCAAAGGAUUUGAAAAAACACGUGGAGGACGUUCAUGGUAGUAUCCUUCUGAAGCCCAAUACUUGUCAGGUCUGUGGUAAACAGUAUGCCUCCAAGUGGAAGGCCUUUGAUCACACGAAGAAGUGUCAUGGGAAAGUGUUUAGGACGUGCAAACAAUGUCUAGCAGUGUUCACCACUGAUUCUGAUAUCAAGUAUCACUAUGAGCACGUUCACAACGUGCCUAAAGAUCAAUUAUCAGGUUUUGAGAAUCACGUGGACGUGGGUAGCAAGCCAGAGGACGCUGUCCCAGUUAAAGACGAGCCUGAAGACGUCGACGAUGAGGAUAAUUAUGAGGAGAGCCUUCAAUUGUCAGACAAACGCAAACGAACAGACACUUUUGACUGUGAAAUCUGUCCAGAGAUAUUUCUCAAUGAUGAGACAUUAUCAGAGCACUAUAAAAUCGUUCACAACAAGGAUCCUGAGAGAAUGUUCAAGAAGAUGAAGACGAGUUCGAAGAAGAGGAUGAGAGCUCGUGAGAAUUUUGAGUGUAAAAAUUGCACCAAACAAUUCAGUACAAAAACACUUUACUGGAAUCACAUUGACACUUGCACCAGACGGAGCUCCAAGGACGAUUCCAGGCCAGGCUCUACGUCAAUCCUGGAAUCACAUCUGAAGAAUAAUAAUCAGAUUAAGAAAGAGCCGCAGGAGGCAGGGAUGAAUGAAUCAAAUCUCAACAUUCCGGACUUCAAUCUCUUCGAGGACAUUAAUCUCCAGUUGUCUGCUCAGAAGCCAAUUCCGAAUCUAAUGCCCCUGUCCCAGAUGAAGAUGGCGCAGAGCUUGAAGUGCUACAGAAAGGACUCGAGGAAGGUGUACGAUGAAUCGACGAAUACAGUCUGCGCCUGUGAGGUCUGUGGCAAGCAGUGGCCAGCCAAGAAACACCUCUGGCAGCAUUUGAUAAGAUUUCAUCGUGCUGAGGCUGCUGUCACUUGCGGGGUUUGCUUGAAACUCUGUGCCACGUACAAGGACCUCUCGCAACACCUCAAGGACGCACACGAGGCCAUUUUAACUUGUGAAGGGAACAACUUCACUUGCAAAACAUGUGGGCGAUAUCACAAUGCGAGGAGCAAACUUCUGCUGCACAUGAGCAUUCAUAUUAAUAACAAUGAGCACGUAUGGUGUUCCAAAUGUGCAACUAGCUUCGAGACACAGGAGAAAUUGGAUCAACAUGCUGACAACUGUCUUGUUAAGAGAAGAGAGGCUGAGUCCGAGGAUCACAGUAUUGAUAACGAGGACAUGAUAAAACAUGAGAAUGAGGAGGACAAGGGGAGUUUGAUUGGAGAUGGGGCGUCUCUCAUGGAGGAAGUGGAUGAGGACGUUGAUUUUGAUUCUGAACAAGAGGGAAGUGAUAAUGGAGAUAAUACAGAACGAUCCGAGGACUCAGAGGACAGCAGUGGCUCUGGGAGUGAGGGGGAUAACGAUGAGCAGGAGGAAAACGAGUCCAGGGCGAAUAGCAGAGUCACAGGGGAUGUCAGUGAAUCUGAGGAGGAGGAGGGAGAUUCAGACGCACCUGAACCAGUUUCUGAUGUACCUGAGGAGGGAGUGGUACCUGUGAAAGGUAAUGAUGCGAGUUCUGUACCUGAAGAGAGGGAGGAGGAAGCUUCGAAGACUUUGAAAACAGGUAAGGAAAUUAAGGGGAAGUCUCCUGAGGAGUCUGACGACGAAGGGCCACCGAUAUUGAGCCCCAUGAUACCUCUGCCAGUUGUUAACCAAUGUUCAGGCGUAGCUGAAAUUUCUGAGAAGGAGGAAUCGCAGAAAUCGAGUCCAGAGAGAUCACCCAGUGGCAAGGAUGAUCCAGAGGAAGACGAAAUUCCAGAGUUAGAUGGCAUUGAAGCUGGGGACAAGCGGGUUUUAUCUCCACAGUCUAACGUCGAUUAUGAUGAGUACUCCUCGACUGCUAAAUCAGCGAGUGCAGUGGCCUCUGCUGAGGAGGAUUCCAAUGACGAAAUGGAUGAUGACGACAGUCGCCUCCAGAUCGAUCAGGCUGGAGAGUCCAACUCCCGGGGGUCUGAGGGGGAUGAGGUGAAGGGGAUGAGAGUCGUUGAGGAGGAAGAGGAGGAGGAGGAGGAGGAAAAUGAUGAUGGGGACGAUGAGGAGGGGGGUGAGGUACAGAUGGAGGGACUCGAUGGAACUGUACUCGUGGUUGCCAAUGAUGAUGAUGGCAAUCAGAUAUUGAUUCGACGAAGUGCUUCUGAAAUGGAAGACGGUGAGGAUGAGGAAUCCAUGGGGGGUGUUGCUGGGUUCAUUUAUCAAGAGCACAAUGAUAAUGAGAAUGAUGAUGACAACGACAAUGAUAAUGAAGUUGAAGAACAGGAUGGGGAUGAGGAGGAAGAGGAAAUGUACAACAACGAAGUUGAUAAUGAUGUCGAGGAGGAUGAGGAGGAGGAGAUGGAGGUAGAUGAAGAGGAGAAGACUGUUGAGGAAGGGGACGACACUGAUGACAAUUCAAGUGCCAAAAACAAUGUGUCAAGGACGUAGUUCCAGUGAUUAUUUCACACUUUGGUUUAUUUGCGUGUGAGAAAAUAAUUGCACGUGAUUUUCAGGCCCUUUUCAACAACUUUUUUACGUUUGUUUGAGUCGAGUAGGUUAGGAAUGUACAGUCGGAAUUUUUAAGGUUAAAGGGGAUGAUUGAGAUGGUGUGAAUGGAGAUUAAAUUUACAACGUAAAAUUGUAUCUUCAAUUCUCAUGGAGUCACUUGGGCAUUGCUAGGACAGCUCAUUUUGCAAACGGAAAAUUGUACGAAUCAUUGACUGAUGUAAGUUUGCUCUGAAAUUAUAGGUCGUUUUUUUUUAUGGACAGCACACGAGAUGUGUCAGUCGGUGUUCAAUUUUUCUUUUCUUUUUAUUUAUUGCACCUCAUUCAUUCCAAAGUAACGUUAAGCCUCGGGCUAUUAACACAUGUUAUCUGUAGGGUAUUUGAUGAAAUAUAUGUGAGCUUAAUCGAUGAUGAAUUUUUUUUUAGUUUUAUUGGUUUUGUCUCUGAACUCUCGAUUCUCGUUCGGAGAUUACUGAGAUUGAAAUAUGAAAUCAUUUGUAAAUACUGUAGCAUAAUGCUGAGGAUUAAUAUUAGGGUAAAGAAUAAUCGACAAAAAAAACGAAGAAAAUCAUUUCCAUUUUACAUGAUACGUGAAUUGACGGAUGAUUAGUAAAUUUAGGUAUUUUAACUUGAUAGAAUUGGAUAACUGAGUAAUGAGUCACUUUAUAUUUCUGCCAACACAGACUAUUCAUUAGGAAGUUAAGGAGUAGUAAAUAAGAGUGAAACUUUGGAAAAGUCAAGGGAAGAACAACAAAAUUGUAUAUUGUGAUAAGCGAUACGCUGCGCCAUGUAUAAACAAAUACUAUAUAUUUACUAAAUACUAGUUUGCAGAUACAAAAUUCAGGGUGAUGAUUGAUGUAUAUAUGCAGAACAAGAAAACAUGGAAAUACGAAUUUCAGAAAUAAACAAGUGGUAUUUAAAAUUUAA